GACGAAAAAUAAGGUAACACCCUGUGCACACAAACAUCCGCCGUGACUUCUGGAUUAUGAAAGCAUGACGAAGAAAGUAUUGCAACUACGCCAGACAAGAAGUCGGCAGAUGGGCGUCACAUUAGUUUGAUGGCUCUUGCGCUACAUCGACUAGGAUCAGGAACGUCACGUCUUUUCAGACUAGGUGCGCCCGCAUUUAGGCUCCUAAACUCUGCUGGAAUGGAUGAAAUGGGUCACGCCGUGAGUCGUUCUUCGCUGGAGCGGCUCGACUUCGACAACGUCGUUUUAAAGAAACUUCCCGUGGACCCCAGUGAGGAACAUGGCGUGCGGCAGGUGAAAGGGGCAUGUUUUUCCCGAGUCAUUCCGCAGCCACUGACCAAUCCUCGCUUUGUGGCGGUGUCCCACGGAGCCUUGGCCCUGCUGGGACUCAAUGGAGACGAGGUCAUGGACGACCUGCUUGGCGCAGACUAUCUGAGCGGCUCCAAAGUAAUGCCUGGAUCCGAGCCCGCUGCGCAUUGCUACUGCGGCCACCAGUUUGGCCAGUUCGCCGGUCAGCUGGGUGAUGGGGCCGCCUGCUACUUGGGGGAGGUGAGGGCACCACCCGACCAAGACCCUAUUCUGCUGCAGGAAAACCCGAGUGGCCGAUGGGAGAUUCAACUGAAGGGAGCUGGCCUUACACCUUAUUCCAGACAGGCUGAUGGCCGCAAGGUCCUUCGCUCCAGCAUAAGAGAGUUUCUUUGCAGCGAGGCAAUGUACUUCCUUGGUGUCCCCACCACUAGAGCAGGCUCUGUUGUGACAUCAGACAGCCGAGUCAUAAGAGACAUCUACUAUAGCGGACACCCUCGCCAUGAGAGAUGCUCUGUGGUCCUCCGGAUCGCGCCGACUUUUCUCAGGUUUGGUUCUUUUGAGAUAUUCAAGCAGGCAGACGAGUUCACAGGUCGUCAGGGUCCAAGCUAUGGACAUGAUGAGCUGCGAAGACAAAUGUUGGAUUAUGUCAUUGAGACUUUCUACCCUGAUAUCCAGCAGCAGUACUCUGACAGGGUGGAGAGGAAUGUGUCUUUCUUCAGAGAGGUGAUGUGUCGGACAGCUCGACUGGUAGCUCAGUGGCAGUGUGUAGGUUUUUGCCAUGGCGUCCUGAACACGGACAACAUGAGCAUCCUAGGACUCACACUGGAUUAUGGUCCUUAUGGCUUCAUGGACAGGUUCGAUCCGAAUUUCAUUUGCAACGCAUCAGACAACUCAGGGCGAUACUCUUACGAGGCCCAGCCGGCUAUUUGCCGGUGGAAUCUUAUCAAGUUAGCAGAGGCCCUCGAUCCAGAGCUUCCACCUGACCGGGCAAAGGCUGUUAUGGACGAAUAUUUGGAUUCGUAUAACAGAUUCUACCUUAAUAAUAUGAGAAAUAAGCUGGGUUUAUUCAAAAAGGAGGAACCAGAGGACGAGAUGCUGAUAACAGAGCUGAUGCAAACAAUGCACAACACCGGAGCUGACUUCACCAACACUUUCCGCAGUUUAAGUCAGAUCUCGUGUCCCACUGAGAGAGAAAGUGACACAGAAGAGGACCUUGUCAAAGAAGUUGAAAAGCUGCUGCUGGAGCAUUGCGCCUCUUUGGAUGAGCUCAAAGCUGCCAACAAACCCACCAUGGACCCACGGGAGUUGGCGAUGCUGCUUUCCAUGGCAGAGAGCAACCCUGCACUGUUCCAGAUGAUCUCAGAUAGGACAACAAUAGCGAGGCAGCUCGACCGACUCAGCAAACUGAAAGAACUAAUGGAGACCACCGAUGAAGAGCUCAAAACCAAACAGACUGAGGAGUGGACCCGCUGGAUCACACGCUAUAGGAAGCGUCUGGCGCAGGAACUGGAGGGCCAGAGCGAUGUGCAGGCCGUGCAGGAAGAGAGGGUGAGGGUGAUGGACAGUACUAACCCACGUGUGGUACUCCGGAACUACAUAGCCCAGAAUGCAAUAGAGGCCGCUGAGAAUGGGGACUUCUCUGAGGUUCAGCGGGUCCUCAAAGUUCUGGAGAAGCCUUUCUCUUCGCAGCCAGGUCUAGAGGCUCCUGCGUGGGUGGGCCAAAGCGGUGCCACCCAACAGGGUGAGAGAGACGACAAUGUGGAGGAGGAGCAACAGGAAGAGGUGGCAUCUACCUCGACAGCCAGAGAACCUAUUCCGUACGACAGCAAACCUCCAGCUUGUUCUCAGGGAAUCUGUGUCACAUGAUCUUCGUAGUAACUUCCCUGAGCUUCAUCAUCUGGCCUGCCAAAGCGUGAGGGAAGUUUUAGCAUUUUACUUCCUGUUUUUUUUCACAUUUAAUACCCCUUGUGAAUUGUUUGCACAACCUUUUAUAUCGUUGUGGUGGGCAGGUGUCAGGAAAGUGGUACUGAGAUUCAACACCCCAUAGAGAACAUCGGUGACACAAAGCAGUCGGGAAAUAAGUGGACUUUUUUCCUCGUCUGUUUGGCAUUGAUGGCUGUUAAUGACGACUCAAACGACAAGUCUUGCGUGGACCCGUUUGAGGCUGAUAAACUGUGGUGUGGCAUCUUUAAC